AUGUCCCAAGUUUGCAUCAUAAACAGCUCACAGCCAGCUUAUCAGGUGAGACUUUAUUUGUAGCAAAGGCUGCAAAAUUCAUCUUUUCGUGGGUAAUGAAAACAUUUUAUCAAGCCGAACAUCUACCUAUGUGAUUCUGCGACGACGACUUGCUGUGUGAAUCGCGGCCAGCCCGCCUGCUGCGAAACUGACGUCACCGCCAGGCAAAUGUCCGUACUGUGAAAGAAAUAAGUAUAUGGUUAAUUUACUGUAUUCGAAAAAAGUUAUUAAAUGAAUUUUCAAGAUCUACCGAAACCGAAAAUUGCUCAACGUAAAAAAAUACAAUAAAAUGAUAAGAAAUAAUAAAACUCAAUAUAAUAAAAAGAAAAGAAAAAAAGGUGAAUUAUUAUGAACUGAAUAAACUUGAUAUUUUGGUGUCAAAAACUUUAAACUGAAAAUUGAGUUUUUGAAAAAAUCAUGGAUGACUUUCGAAAUUAUUCUCUCUUGAAAUGUUUUUUUAUGAGAGUUGAUUUUAUGAAUCUCAAGAUCCAUCGAACUGAUGGCCUUUUCCUUUCGUUAUUUGAAAAACCCUUCAAAAUUGUUUACUUCUGCUCCAACCUUGCAAGAUGCUCACGGCUUCUCGAAUUUCCUCGGUCACCCACAUUCUCGUUUGUUUAUUACGGUAUUUAUGUGGUAGAUUAAGCAAUAACACAUCGGGCAAUUGGAUGGAGACGCACCGAAUGACCAAUUGGCAUUGCGAUCCGAUCCGCAGAUAGGCCGCGGCUCUGAAAAUUUGAGCCUGAUUACCUCUUUUCACAGAGAAAAAUUUUCCGUUCAGAUGAAAGAGUGUUCAGGUUCGACCAAAUGCUACCUAUGCUGAUUAUAUUCACAAUCAUCUGGCUAGUCGCGGCUAUGGUAUGGUGGUACUUCAACGACGACGACGUCGAUCACGAGGAAGCUUUGAAGGAUAAUGGCCCUGGAGGGGUCACUAGAUCCGCAAUCGAGUGCGUUCCUGAAUAUUUGCACUCUCAGUAAUCCCCUUUAGAGAAGAAAAAUUUGAUUCAUUGAAAAAUAGUUAUAUGAUAAUCUUUUUUAAUUAUAAAAAGAUCAUGUCAAACAAUUCUUUUCCAAAAGUUUUAACACCGAGUUCUGACAAAGGGGACAUGACUCAAAAUGAAAAUAUUGAAAAAAAUUGCUCAGAUUGUUGAUUGAAAAUAAAUGUUUCAGGUUCGCCAUGCCGAAAGACUCCGACCUCAAUGUUGAAGAUCCUGUUUAUGGUCAACUGUACGAGUCCAGAAUCCCGAGGUGCUUGAGAAAAAAGUCUCGUAAUACCCUGACUUCUCGAAUUCAGAUACGCAAACGUCGGUGUCGAUGGAGCGACUACGGUGCGACUUCGCUACGUGAAUCCGACGAAAGGAGAGCAUAUUGCCUGA